GAGCCAUGUCUAUAUGUACAUGUCUUGUUCAAGUUCAUGAGUUUGAUGUGUGUGUUUCACGGCAGACGUCACACUCAAUAACACAGCCAGCUGUAGUUCAGGGGUGUGUGAUUUCUGGUUAAAGGAGUUUUUCAGUUUUGCCUUCAGUUAGAUGUUAAUGUUACUAAGGUUAGGUCACAAUCAGUGCGUUCUUACAAGAGAAAUGAGACUCUCCUUCUGUUCUCCAGGUGCACUAGCUGAGUUUUUGGACCCCCAGCAGCAGGUUGUGGUUGGUGUUGGAGGAACAGCUCGACUGCACUGCCGUUUCAGCAGCUCUGGGCCUGUGGCUUCCUGCUGGAUUCAUGACCGUGAAAAGGUUGUGUUAGAAGGGCUGCGAGUGUGUGUGACGAACACCAGCAGUAGCAGCACCCUGGUUCUCUCUGAUGUUCUUCCUGUAGAUGUGGGAAGUUAUUCUCUUUUUGUUUGUAACCGAGGAGGCACCGCUCACUGGACCAUAAGCCUCCGAGUCAUUGAUCGUCCAGACCCUCCAGCCUCGUGUCCGUUUGUGUCCCAGCUGACCCCCACGUCUCUGGUUCUGUCCUGGUCUGGGCCGUGUUUUGACGGAGGUUCUGCCAUCACCGGUUACGUGGUGGAGUUUCAGAGGCUGGACCAAUCUGAACCCAGUGACUGGACUGAACUCGCUAACCAGUGUCUGAACACCUCGUACCGGGUCUGCUCUGGUCUCGACCCGCAGGGACGGUAUCACUUCAGAGUACGAGCCUAUAACGCAGCGGGAGUCAGUGAUCCCAGCGAGGAGUCAGACUGCAUUAAGAUGAACACUACAGGUGAACCACAAUGGGAAGUGACCUCAUAUGUGGAGGUUGUGCCUGACACCACACACAAAGCCAGGGAUCAUUAUCACGUCCAUGAAAAACUAGGAGUGGGGAAGUUUGGGGAGGUGUACAGGAUGAGCCAUAAGCAGACGGGUUGGGUGUGUGCUGGGAAAUUCUACCGGGACCGUGUCUCCAGAGAGAAAACGGCAGCGCGUCAAGAAAUCAAACUGAUGAAAGGAUUACACCACCCCAAGCUGGUGCAGUGUCUCGCAGCCUACGACACCCAGUCCGAGAUCGUCAUGAUUCUGGAGUAUAUUGCAGGUGGUGAGUUGUUUGAACGGAUAGUAGAUGAGAAUUUUGAGCACACAGAACCCAACAGUGUGAACUACAUGCGUCAGAUCCUGGAAGGAAUCCAGUAUAUUCAUAGCAAACGCAUUGUUCACCUCGACCUGAAACCAGAGAACAUUGUCUGUGUGAACAGCGCUGGGACGCUCAUCAAGAUCAUUGACUUUGGAUUGGCCAGCAAACUGGAGCCCGGGAAACAUCUGAUGGUGUUACAUGGGACUCCGGAGUUUGUGGCCCCAGAGGUAGUCAAUUAUGAGCCUGUAGAUCUGGCCACUGACAUGUGGAGCAUUGGCGUCAUCUGCUACAUCCUACUGAGUGGCGAGUCUCCAUUCCAGGGAAACAGCGAUGCCGAAACCUUAGCUCUGGUUACUGCAGCGCAAUGGGAGUUUAACCCUGAGAGUUUUGAUGGCAUCACCAAUGAGGCCAAAGAUUUCAUCAGUGGCCUAUUGAGGGAGGAUAAAAGAACAAGACUAUCAUGUGAGAAAGCAUUAGCUCAUCCCUGGAUAGCUUUAUUUGAUGACUCAAACUCCAGAUCAACCAAAUCCCUUAACAAAGACAAGAUGAGAAGGUUCCUGGCCCGACGGAAAUGGAAGAAAACCGGUAAAGCCCUGCUUGCGCUGAAAAGGAUGGUUCGCUGCAGCAAAUCUGAUGCACUGCAUUCUCCCUCCAUUUCUGUAGAUGCGAAUGCUCUGGGGAAAGAAGCCGAACAAGCUGUGGCAUCUCUGGAAAAACAGUUGUGGAGUGAACCACGUUUCCAUCGAGCCCUGCAUGACCUCACUGAGAGCUGCGGAGCCACGGUGCACCUGGCCUGCACAAUACAAGGAUAUCCUGACCCUGAAGUGGUUUGGCUGUUUGAUGAAGCGCCGCUGGAGAAGACCAGACGCGUUCAGAUGCAUUAUGAUAAGAACGGCACUUGCACACUCACCCUUGCUCAAGUACAACCAGGGGAUUCUGGGAUUUACAAAUGCUGUGCGUCCAACAGCCUGGGGCAGGCGCGGUGUUCUGCCAGACUCACCGUGCAACUCUAGGACAUCAAAUCUAUGAUAAGUGUAAAGAAAAUGGCAGAUUUCUAAUGCAAAACGGAAUAUUUGGAACCAUGUGCAAAAAUGAUUGAAACAAAAGUGUUUUCAAACUAUCGACAUGUUUUACGUCACUCAAAGCUGUUGUAAUUCACAAUUUCUGAAUUGUUCUAUUGUUGAUUAAGUCACGAUUUACUCCACAAUCUUAAUGUUAGUUUCAAGUUUAAUUUCUAUAAUUUUCCCUGGUGUGAAACAUUUUAGCCAUUAAUUUUGUUUGAGCAUUGUGUUUUUCUACAGAACCUGGGCAUGAUUUGAUUCUGCUUAAUUUAAGACAAAGAAAUUUUAAAAUGUUACAUUUGUUGU